AGAAAGGGGUGGGGGUGGGGUGGGGGUUCGGGGGGGCUCCGGCUGUGGUUUUGCCAUUAGCACGGCUUCUCUCUUGGAUGUACGUCGGCGCCGGAAGACGUCGGCCGUCGUUUGGUCGGAAAGCGGCUGCACCUAGCUGCCGCCGGUUUGUUUCUAACAUCACCUGUUGUGCUCAAAUUUUUCCCGAUUGUGCCAUCAUUUGCCAAAUUCUAGGGUUUACUUAAAAUAUUCAAGUGCAAGUGUUUUCGAGCGUUUAAUUUGAGCUUUUACUUCUGAUUACGGCAAAUGAGGUUGGAUUGGGGUUGUCGAGCUUUGCGUGCUGUUUAGGCUGUUGUGAACUGGUUAAUUGUUUAGGGUUCUUGCAAGGAUAUAAGGUAAAUCAUAUAAGUUAUCCGAUAUUGAUUGGUUUGAAACGAAAUGGGCGACACUGAGAAGGCUAGUAAUGCCGACAUGACUCGAAGGCUACAAUCUUGUUUUGGAACUUGUUCCUCUGUAGUCCCAUUACAGCGAGAAUCUAUUUCCGUAAAUCAACUCAAUAUGCCUCAGUUCAAUUCUUCACAAAUUAGUACUCCAAUGAGACAGUUUUCCCCGAAUAGUUUCACUGUCGAUCAUGGCAAUAAAAGAAUUGUUGGCAUUCCACCGUCCCACCCGCAAAUCCCUCCCAUUUCACCUUAUAGCCAAAUCCCAGUAACUCAGCAAGUUGCAAACCAACACCUGGCUUCGCAUAAUUUGAGCUCUGGACCAACUCAUUUGCAAUCUUUAUCGCAGCCCUCAGUUUUCUUGCUUGAUUGCUUACCUCCUCCACUAAGCCCAUCUCCUUCAAAUUCUGGACCAGUAGCAUCAACUGAUGUGUUGAUGGAGUAUAGAGAUGCCAAUUCACAUGGUUCUCUAUUGUCACCCUCACCUCUUGGAAAGAGUUCUAACUCUUCAAGAACAAGGGCCAGUCGUCCUCCUCGUAAAGCUCACAGGCGCUCCAUGAGUGAUAUUCCAUUUGGAUUUUCCUGUAUAAUUAUGCCGUCUUCACCUCCCCUCACCAUAAGUGGUGAUGAUGGUGCUUUAGAGCAGCUUGUGUCUGGUAGAGACAAUGUGGGUGGGAAGCCAAUCCAGUCAGUUAAACGGGAGAUGAGCCAGGAGAAGGGUGGUUGGACUAAUGUUGAAGAGAUAGGUGAGAGAAAAACGGAAGGAGAAUUCAUGGAUGACUUAUUUUGUACUUAUAUGAAUCUGGACAAGUUUGAUACAUGGAACUCUCGUGGUAUAGAUGACAAGCAGUCUAAUGAGAAUCAUCAGGAUUUGGAUAGCAGAGCCAGUGGAACAAAGAUGAAUGGAGAUGAAAACAGUGAUAAUGAAGCAACAAGCAGUGUAAAUGAAAGUGGCAAUGGCUUGCAGAAGCCUGGUGUCAGCCCUUCGCCUGAUAAGAGAGAAGGGAUCAAAAGGAAUGCACGGGGAGAUAUUGCUCCAACCACCCAACACUAUAGAAGUGUUUCUAUGGAUAGUUUUAUGGGGAAGAUAAACUUAGGUGAUGAAUCCCCAAAACUGCCACCUUCAGCUGGACCCCGCCCUCAACAAUUAUCUGUGAUUAAUUCAGUGAAUGAGAAUUCUAAUUCCUUUAGCUUGGAAUUUAGGAAUCGUGAGUUUAAUGGGGCAGAACUCGAGAAAAUUAUGGCAAAUGACAAACUUGCUGGGGUUGCAUCAACAGACCCUAAGCGAGCCAAAAGGAUCCUAGCAAAUCGUCAAUCUGCUGCUCGCUCCAAAGAACGGAAGAUGCUCUAUAUGUCAGAAUUGGAGCACAAGGUUCAAACAUUACAGACAGAAGCGACCACAUUGUCUGCCGAGCUUACACAUUUACAGAGAGAUUAUGCUGAAUUUAAAAGCCAGAACAAUGAGUUGAAGUUUCGUUUACAAGCCAUGGAACAACAGGCACAACUCCGAGAUGCUCUUAACAAUGCUUUAACUGCGGAGGUUCAAAGGUUGAGGCUUGCUGUUGGAGAGGUCUGCAAGGAUGCCGCCAAAUGUCAGCAGCUUCCGAUUAAAAUGCAGAUGCUUCACCUACACCAGCAACAGAAUGGGAGCAAAAACACAGAAGAGCACUCAAGCCAGCAGGCUGCAGUGACGAGGGUUUGAAAGACAUAAAUGCCUCUGUAGUCUAUUUUGUUGCCCCAUGUUCUUUUUAGUCGCAACAAACUACAGCCAGUCCCUUGGUUUAUUACUUUUGCAUCACCAAGGAAACACAGUAAGUUGUAGCAAUACAGAUCCCAACUGUUUAGGGGGUGGUUAUAGACCAGGUUUGAUGUUUAAAGCCUUUUAAUGUUGGAUUGAAGUUCAUGUUUUGGCACAUAUAUUUUCUUGCUUCUGUGGGAGAGUUGAACAAACUUGUCAAGAGAAGGAAACAGUUGGAUAUAUAUUUUCCAGCUUCACUUUGUUUCUGUGGAAGUGUUGAUUAUUGCAGUAGCAGGAGAUUGGAUUGGGGAGCUAAGAUUUAUAUACGAUCGGUUGAUGUUCCAAAGCAACAAUUUUCAGGAUUC